CCGCGUCGGCCGCGGUAGAAAGUCGCGGGUUCUUAUCUUGGAGUCGGUCUUGGGGAGGCGCCCUUGAAGUGGACGCCCAUCCUUCCUGAGGCUUUGGCUUUGGCGCUUGGCUGAGAGCGGGAAGACCUUUAACUUAAUGUUAGUGAGAUUCGCUGGGUCUCUGUAGGAAUAUGUGGUGAGCCUCGGCGGUCCUGGAGUGGCAACUCUUAGGUGUGACUGCCCCUGAGCCGUCAUGCCCCAUGAUGCACGUGCACCGUCUGGCCUCGUCCCUGCUCUGCGUGUUCACCGGGGCGUCCUUCCUGCUCACCUCGGUGCUCAUCCUCACCACCUCCCGCCCGUGUGGGGACACCCGCCCCCGACCGGACGUCCAGUACUUCAGGGAGAUCGUUACAGAACUGAAAUCGGAGGUCGUGCGACUGAAGGAUGCUUUAGAUGAGCGCCACCUAGCGCCGCCUAUUGUUGCUGCACCAGACGCCCGGAAGCGCAGAACUUUGUCCCAGGCGGGAAAACAAAACCAGGUCCCAGCCAAUCAGAAGCCUCCACCUAGAGUCAUAGUGCAGCAAUUGGCCGACUCAGCAGCCAAUAGGAGAGCAGGAAAGUCAAACUCACCAAUCAAAAGAAACCCUCCAGCCAAUAGAAAUCCACCUCAGCAAAAUCGACAAUUUCCCCCCAAGCAGACAGGUCAAGUUAGGAGAAAUCCGGGAAAUAUUCCCAAACAGGGAAAACCUAUCAGUAGAAAACCAAAUCCUAACCUUAGGGGACCAGCCAACGUAGCGGCCAACAGAAAACCUCCAAACAAUGUUCCACAGAACGCGAGGAAACAACAAAACAAUGGGAAGACUGAGUUUUCGGGCUUGUCAAAAGGAAGGACUAGGACAGUCGGUAGAAAACCUCCUAAACCCAACCAAUCAAAUGGCAGAAAACAGGUAACCAAUCAAAACCCUGCUGGCCUUAACCAAUUAAACGCCAGCAGCCAGAGGACCAAUGAAAAGCCGGCUGAUCCCGUCCACGUGAUUAUCUUCACCAAUAGGAGGUCGGGCUCCUCGUUCCUGGGAGAACUGUUUAAUCAGAACCCGGAUGUGUUUUAUCUGUUUGAGCCGCUGAAGGCGCUGGAGCAAAGAGUCUCGUACCAGAACCUGCAGGUGCAGGCCGCCCCCACCCUGGGGGACAUGAUGACGUGUAACUUCACGGGGCUGGGGUACUUCCUCAACUUCACCAGCAGGGAGAGGUUACACAGGACCUCCAGUAAGGCGCUCAGCUCUCCGCCAAUGUGUCCCAAGUCUAUAAGGUGGAGCCCCUCCGCGAAGCUGCAGGGUUGCCUGGAGCUGUCCCGGGACAUGGUGUCGGACGUCUGCCGGUCCAAGCGGCACGUGGCCGUGAAGACCAUCCGCCUGGUGGACGUCAAGUCUCUGGCGCCGCUCGUCAGGAACCCUCGCCUGAACGUGAAGGUGGUUCACCUGAUCAGGGACCCGCGCGGGAUCUACAACUCUCGCGUGAACGAGAAGCGGGGCGAGAAGGGCGCGCUGGACGCCGUGGCCGAGCAGAUGAACUUCCUCUGUAAACGGGAGGCCUAUAACCUACAGGUUGGCCGUUCGCCGCUGCCCUGGCUGUCCGGACGCUACAGACUGUUCCGUUAUGAGGAUCUGGCGCAGCGCCCAUUGCAGCAGGUGCAGCAGCUGUAUGACUUCGUGGGGCUGCCUCUACCCGGUCACGUAACGCAGUGGAUCCUGGACAACACCCAGGAGGACCGGGACGGGAGCCUCUACACCACGUCACGCAACUCCUCCGCCACGGCGCAUGCGUGGAGGCACGCCGUGCCCUGGCCGUACGCGCAGAGGGUGGAGAGCACAUGCGCGAAGAUGCUGGACCUGGCCGGGUACAAGCGCGCCCCUAGCGAGAACCAUCUGCACGACAUGUCCUACAGCCUCAUGGGUCCCAUUCCUACUGCAAACGCCCAGCCCCGCAGUCAGGGGUCUAAACCUGAGUCCGGUCUGAAUCUCCCCACUAAAGUACAGCUAUUUGAUGAAAAUGUUGACUCUCUAUCGUUGAAUUAA